AUGGCAGGUGAGGCCGCAGGGACCGCAGCAGGUGAGGCGGCAGGGACCACAGCGAGUGAGGCUGCAGGAGGGACCAUGGCAGGUGAGGCCGCAGGGACCACAGCAGGUGAGGCCGCAGGGGCCGCAGCAGGUGAGGCUGAGCAGAUUCUAGCAGGUGAGGCUGCACAGACUACAGCAGGUGAGGCCGCAGGGACUGCAGCAGGCAAGGCUGCAGAGACUGCAGCAGGUGAGGCUGCAGGAACCACAGCGGGUGAGGCUGCAGGAGGGACCAUGGCAGGUGAGGCCGCAGGGACCGCAGCAGGUGAGGCUGCAGGGACCGCAGCAGGUGAGGCUGCAGGGGCCGCAGCAGGUGAGGCUGCACAGACUACAGCAGGUGAGGCCGCAGGGACUGCAGCAGGUGAGGCCGCAGGGACUGCAGCAGGUGAGGCUGCAGGGACUGCAGCAGGUGAGGCUGCAGGGACUGCAGCAAGUGAGGCGGCAGGGACCGCGGCAGGUGAGGCUGAGCAGAUUCUGGUAGGCGAGGCUUCACAGACUGCAGCAGGUGAGGCGGCAGGGACUGUAGCAGGAGCGACAGGGGCCACGGUGGGGGCUGGUACAGGGGGAGGUGCUACGGGGGCUGCAGCGGGGAAGGGUGUAACGGGGACUGGUGUGAGGGAGAGUGCCGCCCCGGCUGUAGCAGGAGAGGGUGCGGCAAGGGCCGGAGUGGGAGAGGGGACAGCAGAGGCCUCAAAGGCAGAAGGUGAGGCUGCAGCUGAAGCAGCAGGGAGGGCCAUAGCACGGCCAGUAGGGGCAGCAGGGGCCGCAGCAAGCGCGGUGGAGCACACAGCAGGGCCGGCAGAGACUGCAGAAGGGGCUAGCAGUAAAGAGACAGCAGGUGGGGUGGGCUCGGGGGACAUAGGGGCAACAGGGGGAGGAGAGGCGAGCGAGGUCCCAACCGGGGGGGCCACUGAAGGGGGGGAUGUGAUAGUGAUAGAGGAGGAUGAGGUAGAGGACGGGAUGCACAUCGACGGGCCACUGGCCCACUACCUCACGCUUGACGGCGAGGCUGACUCGGCCCCCCUGCAGCCUCAUGUCGAGGUUCCCCCUCUCCCCCCCAUGCCCGACCCCAUGCUAGCAGAUGGACCGGUGGAGGGGCUGGAGGAGACUUUGAGGACAGAACCUCGCGAGGGAGACCCCAUCCUUACCCCCCGUCCUCCAGCCCACCCCCCCCCAGGAGCACCACUUCCCCACCCCCACCCUCAGGUCCCUGUAGCAUCCUGGGGGGCAGCCAAGGCCCUGGCCUUCUUGGCGGAGCCGUGCUCCCCGACCCCCACGCUGUUCCAUGACCAGCCCCCCUCUCUGUCCCCAACGCCUGACACCACGCUUACAGACGGUCCGUCAGGAGAGCACGCGGGCACGGCGAGGGCAGAGCCUCCUACACCCAGCCCCAUCCUUGCCCCUCACCCCUCCUCGCCCCUUUCCUCUCCCCUAAGAGCAGCACACUCCCGCCCCCACCCUCAGGGGCUCCCUCUAGCAUCACGGGGAGCAGCCAGGGCCCUGGCCUUCUUGGCGGAGCCGUGCUCCCCGACCCCUAACACCAUCCAGUCACCCCCCACCAGCCCACUACCCCCACCCCCUCCAGGUCCUCCCCCACCCGGGGCUAUGCACAUUUCAGAGGUUCAAACCUCAACCCUGCCACACCCGCCUCCAUCCGCGCAUUGCCCCACACCCUACACACACCCAAAUCACCCAACUCGCCGCACAACCCCAACCCUCCCACCCUCCUCACACCAACCCCCCCAAGCAUCCAAGUCCCAACCACAAGGACCCCUGCCCCUAGCUCAGGGAGGCGACGACACCAUGGGCGCGGGGCCCACAGGAGGGGUUGCCAGCGGGAGGGGCUCUGGUGCCAACGUACAGCAUGGGGGCACAACCUCUGAACCUCAUUCCCCCCUCAAUCCCCCCCCUUCCACCACGCAGCCACCACAGACCUCACUCCCUCCACCACAAGCACCACGCCCUAACCGCUACAUUGCUCCAGCCCUUCGCCCCCCACCCACAACCCCCGCCUACAGCCUGCCUCACCACGAGUGGCCCCGUUGGGCAGACAUCGCCCCCCACAUACAGCCCACCACGGAGGGUGAUGUCAUGGGGAGAAGAGGGAUGCACACUGAGCUUCCUCUACCUAGCCAACCACCCAUCCUCCCCUCACCCAUCCCCUUAGCCUCUCAGCCCGCCCUUCCCUCACAACCAGACAGGGACAACCAAAACCAGGUUGGCCGUCGACGGAAGAAGAAAGGCAAAGGCGGCAAGGGGCCAGCUCACCUACUCCCCCCUCCCUCCCUUCCCCUCCAGCCGCCCCUCCUCACCCCACAUCCCACUGAACCUGCACCAGGCCCUACCCCUACAUACCAACCACCAAACUCACACCCCCCUCCCGUACCUGCCCCUCCACAGGGCCAUGGGAGCGAUCCAGCCCACUCACCCCCGGGCCGCCUCUCCCUUCCUCUAAACCCCCCCCAGGUGGCGGCAGCCGUGUGCGCUGCCGGGAUGGAGGCCGACGGGAUGAGGGAUGCGCCCAUGGCAGACGCCACCGACUCCCCUUCCCAUGCCUCCCACCCCAUCCAUGUCGACAGCCCCCUACCACAACCCAUGGUCAUUGGGGAGGGCCAAGGGGGCUUUCUAGGGCAGGGUCCACACCCGGGCUCUGCUCAGCCAGCACGCCCCACCCCACCCUCUACCCUGCCAGCCCUCCUACCCUCACCAGCAGGCAGGCAGGUCACCGGGACCGCAGAGGAGGUGAGGGCUGCCAUCUCAGAUCUGCUGGCGAUACAGAGCCCGAGCAGCCCCCCGGCUGCCCCCACCCUACCAGUCCCACAGGUCCGGACCCGGACGUAUGCGGAGGUCACCCGUUCUGUCCCUUCUUUCACCCCCCCCACUACUCAGCCAGGCGCGUCACUCCCGUCCCCGAUAGAGACGGACCUGGUUCCGAGGCCGUGUCAUUCGCACCUAGACGUGGCGGCGCCUCCCCUCGUUCAGCCCGUUGCCGACACACUACCCGCGACGCAGGAGGGCACCAACAUUAGGGAUGAGGCAUCGGCCCCUGCCGAGACCCCUCCGCCUGGGGUAGCAGAGCCGCCACUUGGACCGCACCCCGCCGAGGGACAGGGGCACACCACGGCACACACUUCUGGCUCACCUCCACGCCCCCCCCCCCUAGCUUCGGGACCGGUACCGCCACGAGGCCCAGCCCCAUCCUGUGUGGCACCACCUUUAUCUUGUCCGACACCCCCCCUGCACGGGGCCGGCGAGUCCUCUCCUCUCCUUAUCCCAGGUGAUCCUCUUGGAGUUCAGGCCGCCCAUGGGGUCCCCUCUACAGCCAGUUCCGACGCCACGGCCCCGAUCGACCCCACCGACACGGCGACGUCACCCGACCAGGUCGUGAGAUGCCCCACCUGCAGGAGCUCUCUCGCGAAUCGACGCGCGCUUCAGCACCACACGCCCUUCUGCCAUCCUGCGGACGCAGCUCGUAGGGCACAGGCCCUCCACGACACCUCAUCUGUCCUCCCAUCCCUCUCGGAGCCACAGGGGACGAGGACGCAUUUCACAGAUGCACAGUGGCAGACGUUGGACUCCUUCGACUGGUCGGAGUAUUUCUCGCCAGAGCGCACCCACGCCCGCCCUCUCCGACGCAUUCCAACUAGGGUUCGCGGAGGAUAUCUUGACGUCCUCUGCACGAUCUUAGCCCGUGUAUCCCAGUAUCCCGAGGCUCCGGGCCCUACCUUCCUCCUCGCCGCUGCACCCACACUUCUCCUGACGCAGGCGACCCCGCCAGACCGCUCGCACACGACUACCAUCGCAGCACGGGUCUCCCGCUUCAUGCGAGAUGCCGCCAGCGACCAGAUCUUCCUCCCCAUCCGCCUUGGGUGUUUCGGCAUUCGUCGCAUGGAGCGCAUUGCCCCGAGCUUUGCUUCCGGUGAGACGGAGCAGAUCGACCCAUCCCUACGGACGACGCUGGAGGGCCUUCCACCUGACAUCCUCUCUCUCCUCCCACCCUGGCCCUCUUGUGCCUCUGCCUCCCCCGAUUCCCUUUUUGCAGGAACGAGCCGCCUUCUGGAGGCGCAUGCCUUGGAGGCCGUGCGUGCCCGUCACACCUCUCCCUUGCACCUUGCCUGUUUGACUUCCCUUCAAGGCGUAGGUGCAGGAGCGUGGUUGCAGGCGGUGCCAUACGCAGACGCCCUGCGCAUUCCGGAGGCGGAGUGGCAGGUGGCUUCAUCAUGUCGUCUUGGUCUCCCUGUCCCCCAGUUAGCCCUCACAGGUCAGUGCUCCUGUGGACAGGCGAUCGACGACAUGACGGUGCCUCACCACGCGGUUCGGUGCCCACGAUUCGGCGUCGCCACUGUCAUCCACGACACGGUGAAGUUCGCGCUUCGAGACUUCGCUGUCGAGGCGGGCUUCGCGGUGAAGGUGGAGGACUCUACGCUGUUCACACACCUGGAGGCAGCUCGAGCGAGACUGCAGGGACAGCCGGUGGUGGGAGAGGGGACACGGGCUGGGGGGCCACUGGAGCAGGGGGCUGAGGCGGGACUGCCAGGAGGCGGGGCACAGUGGGGACAGCAUCAGCUGCGGGGUCGAGUGGCGCGAGGGGCAGGUGGGCAGAGGGGUCGGCAGGGGGUGCAGACCAGCCAGGGCGGAGAGGGGGGACAGCAGAGGCAGCAGCAGGAGAGCCAGCACAGGUCGCAGGCUCAGGGCGCCGCGCCUCAGAGUGUGGGCUCGGGGGUGGGGCAGGGACGAGAGCAGCAGAGGGCGGACGGGGGUACAGGGGGGGCGGGGAGAUUGGGAGGUGAGGUUCAGGGAGUGAGAGAGGCAGUAGGGGAUCGAGCAGGGGGGUUGGGAGGGUUGGGGGAGGGUAGAGAGGGGGAGGGGAGAGGACAGGUGGGUGGAGGAGAGGAUAGGGGGAGAGAGACGACUGGAGAGGAGGCACCGAGGGACCAGACAGGGCAGCAGCCAGCGCAGCAGCAGGGACCAGCCGGACGCACAGGCCGUACAGGCACCUCCUCCCGCAUCCCAGACCUCACCUGCCGCGACGUUGGGCAGACUUUGAUGGUUCUUGUGGAUGUCUCCAUAGCGGAUCCACAGCGGGAGGGGAACGUGCAGCUGGGACGGGCAACCCCCACACAGAUUGGAGUGGCAGCAGCUAGGCGGGUGCAGGAGAAGCUGCGUCACUGGGGGCCGCACUUAGAGGGGUUGCAGCCGGCACCACACUUUUACGCGUGCGUGGCUGAGACCUUUGGCCUACUGAGCAAGCCGUUGCGUCAGUUCCUGGGGCUCUGCGCGAAGAGGAUAGCACAGCGGAGGAGGGAUUGGGGAGGAGGGGAUGACGGAUCGGCACGGAUAUUUGAGACAGGACUCACUACACGUCUCUCCGUGGCACUGCAGCGCGCGCAGGCUCGAUGA